CUCCAUAGAUCACUUACUCUCCAUACAGCACCCGCGACCCUGCUCUAAAACGUGCCCAGCAAUCGCAGAAGUUUGCAGAAGCCCAGCUCGAAACUUAUCAACUAAGUGGAGCUAUCUUGGCAUUGCUGGCAUCACUUGAACUGUCUUCAUUCUUCUGUCAAGUGACAGCCUUUACGAGCUCUCGAGAGUCUGAGACUUCUGUGCCUGACAGGGCCGCUAACCCGCCGAUCAAUACUUUGCUCGCCUAGAAACAUAUAUUAAAUGAACGCAGCAGCUCCGGACCCCUUGAAAGGCCACGGCCGAUACGCAAAGGUCCAGCCUCUUAGCUCGGGCUCCUUUGGCUUCGUGCACCUCUGCAAGAACCUACAAACUGGCGAGCUAGUGGCUAUCAAAUUCUUGGAACGCGGGGAGCGGGUAAACAAAUAUGUGGAGACGGAGGUCCUGAACCACCGCAUGCUGCGGCACCCGCACGUCAUCGAGUUCAAGGAGGUGUUCCUGACGCCAGAAUACAUCUGCAUCUGCAUGGAGUACGCGUCGGGCGGCAACCUGUUUGGCUACGUGCAGCGCGCGGUGCGGCUCAAGGAGCCCGCGGCACGCUGGUUCUUCCAGCAGCUCUGCAUCGGUCUGGACUACUGCCACCGGCGCGGCGUGGUGAACCGCGACAUCAAACUGGAGAACACUCUCCUGACCAUGGUGCCGGGCCUGCCGCUGCCGCUGCUCAAAAUCUGCGACUUCGGGUACAGCAAGGCGCACUUCAUGUCCGCGCCCAAGAGCAAAGUCGGGACGUUGGCUUACAUGGCUCCGGAGGUGAUUCGCGCCACGGACCAGUACGCGGGCCAGGCGGCGGACAUCUGGUCCUGCGGCGUGAUGCUGUACGUGAUGCUGUUUGGAGCCUACCCCUUCGAGAGCCCGCAGAGCAGGCACCAGCAGGGCAAGGCGCGCAUGGACAGCAUGAUGCAGCGCAUCCUGCGCAUGGAGUGGAGCAUCCCCGCUGACGUGGAGGUGUCGCCCGAGUGCCGCGACCUGCUGUGCAAGCUGCUGGUGGGAGACCCGCGACACCGCCUCACCAUGGCGCAGAUCCAGCAACACCCCUGGUUCCUGACCAACCUGCCGCCGGACGCACUCGCCAUGAACGACAACUUCCUGGCGCACACGGACUACACAGGCGUGCAGAGUGAGGAGGACAUCAAGAAGGUGCUGGCGUCCGCCGCCAUCCCCGCACCAAUGUCAAAGUACGCGUUCGCCACGGGCGGCGACGACGAGAACUAUGAGGACCUGGAUGCGGCCAUCGACGACGAGAUGGGGCAUGCGGGAGCGGGGUGCAAGCCGGCGGCGGCGGGGCGGCCAGCGGGCAACGGCGGCGCUGCGCCGGGCCGGUAAUGGGGCUGCCAGUGGAGCUCUGCGGCGGCCGCGGUCCGGGCGAAGGUGGAGGAGCGUGGAGGAGUUGGGGACGAGCUGCGAGGGAGAUGCGGAUGUGGGGGUGCGGCUUACCGACUUGCCCUCUUGAGGCGGGAUCGGGAUGCAUGUGUUGCAUGCGCGCGGCUGCCUUGGUACGUACCGUAAUGUGGUGCGGUGUGCUGGCUGGGUUGCCCAGGCCAGGGUUACCGUACGUGGUUGGUUGAUGGGGGUUUCGGAGGCACGCGGCUCGUGUGGCCGGGUAGAUAGACGAGGCGGGCGGGGAGCUGAGGACCUGAACAUCAGGUAGGAGGGGAGGCGGCGCCUGGGCUUGCAUCAGGUGUCAUUACUGCUGUGGGUUGGGGUCAACAGGGCCGGCAUUAGGGCAUUGAUUGAAAGUGUCAUGCGUCCGGCGAAUUUCCGCCGCUUUUUGCACUGUGCAAGGCACACGAAGCUGGGAUUGGGUGCCGGAGUGUCCCCAUGUUUGUCCUUUAUUGCCGCCCGCCGUUGCAACUCGGUUCAUUGGGAGCUUGACGCAAUAGUGGACCAUUCAAUCUUGCCGAUAAUCAACACCACUAUCGCAGCGGUUCAGCCCGUCAGUCAUGCCCCGCCCCACGAACAAGACAUCCAUCUCUCCGCCACGAUAGCAAUAGGGCGAAUGUUUUACAAAGGAUGAGCUUGAUGUGAGGAUUUCAACUUCAAGCGCAUGCCCCGGUAAUCCGACAGAAGGGUCGGUGGUUGGCCAUGGGCACAUGGACGUGUGUGGCAUGGCCGCCAGUCAAGAUGUGCCUCCAGCUGGAUUGGGGGUAUGCAUUUGUAGAGCUCGCCGAGAGCAGUCGAUUGACACCGACCUGGCUAAGAACUAAGGGGUAUUGAGGGUAGUUUUAGGGGGGUAAACG